GGCCUGGCGGCUCUGCGCAUCAAUGAGGGCGGCAACAUAAACAGAGCUGAUUUGAUCGGUACUAUCACAGAGCUUAAGCUCCUCGCCAGGCUUUCAAAGCCUGAUUCUGAGUGGGCAACAGUCUUCCUACGGACCCGUAUUCCCAUCCUGAGUACUUAUGAUGCCUUGGCUGAGGACGACAACACCAACACUCCGGAGGACGAUACCGCCGGCGCCGUGGUAACUCACCUACCCUACCGUAUGGUAAAUUACCACAAUCGAGUGCAUGUCUUUGACCGCCGACUACUGCCGCUGAUACGACGCACCAAACCAGGUGAUCGUAUCUUCGUCACGGGCUUUGUCUCCUACUACAAACCCACC